GAGCUCAAUGACCUGGCUCGUGACCCUCCAGCACAGUGCUCGGCUGGCCCAGUGGGUGAUGACAUGUUUCACUGGCAAGCCACGAUCAUGGGACCCAGUGACAGUCCCUAUCAGGGAGGUGUUUUCUUCUUGACAAUUCAUUUCCCAACAGACUACCCCUUCAAACCACCCAAGGUUGCAUUUACGACGAGAAUUUACCACCCAAAUAUUAACAGUAACGGCAGUAUCUGUCUGGAUAUUCUCAGAUCACAGUGGUCUCCUGCACUUACUAUUUCUAAAGUUCUUCUCUCCAUUUGCUCACUCCUAUGUGACCCAAACCCUGAUGACCCACUAGUGCCCGAGAUCGCACGAAUCUACAAAACAGAUAGUCAGAAGUACAAUAAACUAGCUCAGGAGUGGACAACAAAGUAUGCCAUGCUUUAG